AUGGAGGAACAACUGAAUAAGGGCAUGGGAGAAGGCUAUGAUCAUCCAGUUCACAGCCAAGUCAAGAAAGUCAAGCGAGAGUCGGAGAAAAAUAUUAUCGGUGGUUCGGUGGCUCAUCCCGGCAUCACAAGAAUGAUCACCAGGCAACACUCGAGAUCGAGGCUUGGACUAUCCAGCCAAGGCCAAGGACAAUCCAUCUCUGUUGCUACUUUUGUUACGUUUGAGAAGUCACUUAAGCUAUCUUGCCAGACAAACAACCAGAUUAAAGGUAGAAGUGCAAGUUUAAUUUCAGUGGGUUGGGCAAGGAAUACUGGUUUCCCUUCUAUGAGAAUCUCGCGCUCCCGAAUCACUUGUGCAGCAAAACCCGAAACUGUGCAGAAAGUUAGUGACAUUGUGAGGAAGCAAUUGGUACUGUCUGCCGAGACACAGCUCACACCUGAAACUAAAUUUACCGCACUUGGUGCUGAUUCACUUGACACGGUGGAAAUAGUUAUGGGGCUCGAGGAAGAGUUUGGCAUUACCGUGGAAGAAGAGAGCUCUGAGAACAUAACAACUAUCCAAGAAGCAGCCGAUUUGAUAGAGAAACUAGUCGAAAAGAAGGCUGCAGCAUAA